AUGGGUAGAGAAGCCAGAGAAGCUGUGAUGUUGGUGUGGGGAGAAGCCUCCCAAGCCGGCGCUCAACAAGGAGAAGCCGUGUUCAGCUCGAGCGCCAAAAUCGUCAAGCCCAACGGCGGCGAGAAGCCGGAGGAGUUCGAGUCCGGCAUCUCCCAGGCGCUACUGGAGCUGGAGAUGAACUCGGACCUGAAGGCUCAGAUGCGGGAGCUGAACAUCACCGCGGCCAAGGAAAUUGAAGUUGGUGGUGGUCGGAAAGCUACCAUAAUCGUUGUUCCGGUUCCUCAACUGAAAUCCUUCCAGAAAAUCCAAGUCCGGCUAGUACGCGAAUUGGAGAAAAAGUUCAGUGGGAAGCACGUUGUCUUUAUUGCUCAGAGGAGAAUUCUGCCGAAGCCAACUCGAAAAAGCCGUACAAAAAAUAAGCAAAAGCGUCCCAGGAGCCGCACGCUGACAGCUGUGCACGAUGCGAUCCUAGAGGAUUUGGUCUUCCCGAGUGAAAUUGUGGGCAAGAGAAUCCGUGUGAAACUAGAUGGCAGCCGGCUCAUAAAGGUGCACUUGGACAAAGCACAGCAGAACAAUGUGGAACACAAGGUUGAAACUUUUUCUGGUGUCUAUAAGAAGCUCACGGGCAAGGAUGUUAAUUUUGAAUUUCCAGAGUUUCAGUUGUAAACAAAAAUGAGUAAAUAAAAUAUAUUCAUGGUAAAAAAACA